ACGAUGAGAGGAGAACGGUCUGUUCUCAUCCAGACAUCGUGCAGAUCAAACUGUUUCAAGUAGUGGCUCGUUGCGCUUGUUGGUGAACUAAGAAAAAACACCAGUCGUUGGCUUCUGAUCCAAGAGACCCAAAAUGGGCAUUCUGUCAUUGAACUGGUGGCUGGAUUUCGCGGUGGUGUUUGUGUCCGCCAUUGUGGCAGCCUAUUUGUAUAUGACACGGAAUUUCAACCACUGGUCGAAGCGAAACGUAAUGGAAGUGUCACCGAUACCGUUCUUCGGAAAUUUCUUGGACUGUUGUCUGUUCCGUAAGUCAACAUCGGAAGUGCUUCAGUCGGUGUACGAAAAGGGUGGCGGCAAUGAGGGAAAACCUUACGUGGGAUUUUACGUCUUUGACAAGCCAGCUCUGGUCCUGCGAGACCACGAGAUAAUGAAGAGAAUCUUGAUCAAGGACUUCGACUACUUCACGGACAGAUUCAUGAGAACGGAUGCUUCGGACACUAUAGCCUAUGGGAAUCUAUUCCUCAUGAGAAACCCGGCGUGGCGAGCGAUGCGUCUGAAACUAUCGCAAUUCUUCUCAGCUGCGAAACUCCAGCGGACUUUCAGACUAAUGGUGGACGUCGGUGAGGACCUGGACAGACACUUGGAGGCCCUCAAACUCGGAGGCGCCGGUCGAACGAUCGAGGUUAAGGAGAUUGCGGCUGAGUUCAUGACCGAUGUGAUAGGAUCGUGCGCCUUCGGGCUCAGAGUGAAUUGUCUGAACAAUCCGGACGCGGAAUUCAGGACGUGCGGAAAAAACAUGUUCCAGUUCAGCUACGUACGCAGCGCCGAGUUCACUUCGAUAUUCUUCAUUCCGGAGCUGGUCCGACCUCUGAAACUCAAGUUCUUCUCCAAGGCGUCGACAAACUUCAUGCGAAAGGUGUUCACGGAGACUCUCAACAAAAGGAUGGAGAGCGGCGUUCGCAGGGACGAUUUGAUCGACUUGAUGAUUGACUGGACGAAAUCGGAUAUCGACAUUUCCGAGGAUUUCAAACUCGAGGGAGACUCGCUCGUCGGAACGGCCGCACUUUUUCUCGCUGCGGGAUUCGAGACAACCUCGACAACCAUGGCCUUUGGACUCUACGAAUUGGCUCUUCAUCCGGAUGUACAAUCAAAACUUCGGGCAGAGAUAAAGACUGCUAUGGCCAAUAACGGAGGCGAUAUAACAUACAGAAUGAUCAACAGUCUUCCGUAUCUGGACAAGGUCGUCUCGGAGACACUUCGAAAGUAUCCGUCUCUACCGUUCUUGGAUAGAAUGGCGAACACUGAUUACGAAGUGGCGGAAACUGGCCUUGUAAUCGAGAAAGGUACACCGGUUUAUGUUUCUCUUCUUGGGCUGCACUAUGACCCCGAAUAUUAUCCCGAACCCCAUAAGUUCGAUCCGGAAAGGUUCAGCGAGGCGAACAGGGACAAAAUACCGCGCUACGCUUAUCUGCCCUUCGGGAUUGGUCCCAGAAGUUGUGUGGGUCUCAGAUUAGGAAUGCUCCAAUCGAAGUUGGGGAUUUUGAAAGUCAUAUCAAACUACGAGCUCACCGUUUGCGAAAAAACUAAAAUUUCGCCGCGUUUCAAUCCGAAAUCUUUAUUGAUAGGUGUGGAUGGUGGCCUCUUUGUUAACGCUCGUAAAGUCGAGUAAAACUAACCAAAGAGAUCUAUAAAUUACGUCGUCGAGCGAGUAAUGAACGCUACGAAGUUUCUGCAUGGAGAGAAAAUAAAAAUAUAUUUUAUAUUUGUAUAUCUUUAGUCUCUCAUUUAUUAA